UCGGGAAAAAUGUAAGAACCUUGUACCCCGGGACUAUCCGGUUUUUCUCGACAAGUGGGCUUCAAGACUAAAGUAGCAAAUGUUUAAGAGACAAAGUCUGUUUCACCCAGAAUGCCUUCUGUAAUCCACAGAAAUUAUAAUAUACUCUGUUUAAACAACAUUGAUAUGAGUGUUUGUCAUUUUUACAUCACUGAUUUUGGAAAAUAUCUGGGGGAGUCUUUUCAGGACACACUUAAAUGAUCAUUUACAGAUUAAAUUAAAAAAAAAAACUUUUGGAAUUUUGGUGAUCCAAUAUGGCUGCCACAUCACAUCUCUGCUAAUGUGGUUUAGUGAUGGAUUUAAAUCACACCAGUGAGUCUUGGUGACAUCACUGAACAGCUGGAUAUGGGUUCAAGUCAAAGAUCAAUCAUGUCUUGGCAGGUCAACAACAAUGCGAGUGUAACGUUUUUCCGAAACUGUUCCUGACACAAAUGAAACGUUGCUGUUUUCAGGUGGAGGAUCACUCAGACUGCAGAAUUCACAGCGGCCAUUUCGUUUCCCCGCUCGAACACUUUGUCCCGGGCAUUUUGCCAGCAGAGUCGGUGAAAGCCAGCUUUCAGUUCAUAGUUCCCAAAAAAUGGAAGCGGCACAGACCGGUGUGUAUCCAUCUGGCAGGAACAGGAGAUCACUUUUUCUGGAGGAGGCGGACUCUCAUGGCCAGACCCAUGAUCAAAGAGGCAGGAAUGGCGUCCCUGCUGCUGGAAAACCCGUAUUAUGGACACAGAAAACCUAAAGACCAGAAGCGGUCCAGUCUGAAGAAUGUGUCUGACCUGUUUGUGAUGGGCGGAGCUCUCAUCGUGGAGUCGGCCGCUCUGCUGCACUGGUUGGAGAGGGAGGGUUUCUGGCCGCUGGGCAUGACCGGCAUCUCCAUGGGAGGCCAUAUGGCAUCUUUAGCUGUAACCAACUGGCCCAAGCCGAUUCCUCUGAUCCCUUGUCUUUCCUGGACGACUGCUUCGACCGUUUUUACCACCGGAGUGUUGAGUCGAGCUGUGAACUGGAGGGAACUGGAGAAGCAGUACGCCACUCACACUGUCUACGAGGACGAGAUCAUCCAUAUGCUGGAGUACUGCGGGACGGACUCUUUCCGGAUGGGCCAGGACUUUGUGCGGGACGCUCCAGGCAACUUUGACAAACUCUCGAAUGUGUCUCUGUCUCCGGAGCUGUUACUGCAGCAGAGGGACGCCGGGGACAGGUUGGAGCGCAUGCUGUCGUCCUCUAUCCGUGGCGGUCAGACGCACUUCGAGACACACCGGCGUUGCUCGCUGCAGCGGGAGUCAGUCUGCUUCAUGAAGGGCGUGAUGGACGAAUGCACACACAUCGCCAACUUCUCAGUGCCGGUGGAUCCCAGUCUGAUCAUCAUCGUCCAGGCGAAAGAGGAUGCCUACGUGCCUCGCUCAGGCGUACGCAGCCUGAAGGACGUCUGGCCUGGCUGUGAGGUUCGCUACCUCAAUGGGGGCCACAUAACUGCCUAUCUGUUUAAACAGGCAAUGUUCAGACAGGCCAUUUACGAUGCCUUCGAGCGUUUUGUUCAGAAGUAUCCGUUCCUGUUUUAGCCAGGGCUCCUCCGCCGCUGUGCUGUCCCAAGAACACGGUAAAGGAAAUUCAUGAAACCUAACGCAACACGCCAAGACUCACAACGGACCUGAAACAAAACCUCUCCACGCCAUGGUGCUACUGCAGACUGACUUGCAUUUACAGAUCAUUACAGUCUCAUGUUUAGAGAUGUUUACGAACCACAGUAUAUCCUAAAAUCAUGUUCAGAACGCCAAACAGUGUUUCUUCUACACCUUCAAUCGUAGUUAAUUUUUUUUAACCUCCUGAGCCUUUUCUCUGAACCCCAGACACAUUCAUCACAGAUCAUUGCCAAUCCUGAGGAAGCAUCUGAUUAAACAGUAAAUAAUGUUUUAUGAUGUGAAAUUAAAGUAUUAACAUUUGGAAUGGUAUUAUAAUUAUUUUUAUCUUUUGAAAGAUUUAUUUCCGACGUGUAAUUAUGACUUUUUCAACCCUUUACAUGUCUGGAUCUUAACUUUGAAAUAAAAAGUACACUGUAAA